UCUGUUCUCCACAGCAGGGCGAGGCGGGUGCGCGCGCCGUCUCUCUGUGCGACACUUGCAUUAUUUCAGAAACUGUUCUGUCGUGUAGUCUCGCGUUUGGACGGCCGUGUAGGCAGAUUUUCUUAAGUGACGCCGUUAAAACAGCUUCACAUUUCGAUUGGUAAUUUCGAGAGAAACGUAAUGCCUAGCCACCCGCUUCGGGUAGCGGUCGUGUGCUCGAGUAACCAGAACCGCAGCAUGGAAGCGCACAACAUCCUCAGUAAGCGUGGUUUUGACGUGCGAUCGUUUGGAACCGGGACCCACGUGAAACUCCCCGGGCCAGCUCCAGACAAGCCUAAUGUGUACGACUUCAAAACCACUUACGAACAGAUGUACAGCGACCUGGUCCGAAAAGACAAGGAACUAUACACACAGAACGGGAUCCUGCACAUGCUGGAGCGGAACAAGCGCAUAAAGACGAGGCCUGAGCGCUUCCAGAGCUGCAAAGACCAGUUCGACCUCGUCAUCACCUGCGAGGAGCGGGUCUACGACCAGGUGCUGGAAGAACUGAACUCCCGCGAGCAGGAGACCUACCAGCCGGUGCACGUCAUCAAUGUGGACAUCCAGGACAACCACGAGGAGGCCACGCUUGGAGCCUUCCUCAUCUGUGAGCUGUGCCAGUGUAUCCAGCACACUGAUGACAUGGAGAAUGAGAUUGAUGAGCUGCUGCAGGAAUUUGAGGAGAAAAGCAGUCGCCCUUUUCUCCACACGGUCUGCUUCUACUGAUCAGUGUUAAAUUCACAACCAUGCGCACACACACCAAAACCCCACUGAACACAAAUGGUAGACGUACUCUCAUACUGACACACAAAAGCCCUUACUGAGAAGAAAUGAUGCCAUUUUACUCUCAUACUGAUGGCAUUCUGAUCUGCUGCUGCACACACUCACUGCAAACAGUUUGCAUGAAUAGGUUGACCUCACACGCACCCACAGGUAUUCAGUGAUGAUUGAGUAUGCACAGAUUGGUUGAUGGAGGGAUGGUUUCUGUUUUAUCACAAACCAUGUAAUUCUUUUUGCCCACCCCUCUCCCUGCAUCAGUUAUCUCACACUAGAACAGAACCACUGCCUCACCCCCUCCAUAUAUUUAUAAUGAUUUGUUUAUA